CUGAUGGAGACGAUCCCCAUGAUCCCCAGUGCCAGCACCUCCCGGGGCUCCUCCUCCCGCCAGUCCAGCACCGCCGCCAGCUCCAGCUCCAGCGCCAACUCGGGGGCCAGAGCCCCCCCGACCAGGUCCCAGACCAACUGCUGUUUGCCCGAAGGGACCAUGAACAACGUCUACGUCAACAUGCCGACCAACUUCUCGGUGCUGAACUGCCAGCAGGCUACCCAGAUCGUGCCGCACCAGGGGCAGUACCUGCACCCCCAGUACGUGGGCUACGCCGUGCCACACGACUCGAUGCCGCUGGCCCCGGUGGCCCCCUUCCUGGACGGCUUGCAGGGCGGCUACAGGCAGAUCCAGUCUCCGUACCCGCACACCAGCAGCGACCAGAAGAUGUACCCGGCCGUGACUGUCUAGCGCUGACGCCUUCCUCCCCCUCCCCACCUGGCAGAUUUCAAUAUCUAAACUGAACGGAGGAGAAAUUCUUCCUCGGAACGAUGCUCCCAGAACAUCACUUGUAAAUAAUUUUGAAAGGCUCGUGCAUGUCAGACGGUGUUUAUAAACCAUUUAUUUUCAUCGGGGCCCGUUGCCAGAAACUGUAGGAUGAUAUCUCUGAAUUAACGUUGCCAGAUACGCUCUCAUUCCAGCGCAUGAUUUACAGCGGCAAAGGAUUACGCUGAAAAUGCAUAUGUAUUUUGGAUCACUGUACUUGCGAGAUAAAUGCCGGAGCCAUUAAGUGCCCUUCAGGUAUGACA